AUGUUUAUCUGCUUCAUCGCUACUGCGGCUCUUCUUGUCACUUCUGCUGUCGCUAGUGUCUCAAACUCAUCAUGCGGUACCCAAUCCCUCUCCGUGUAUCCUCUUCCGGAUGGAGUACCGUCCAAAGACUCAUUCUCGGUCAAUGUCCGAUCAAGCAAUGGUAAUGGAACUUGGGAACCUCUCGGAACAUACUUGGCGACACUCAGUGAGAUCGACACUACGACUGGUGGGUUUGAUAGCAAACAGUCUUCUAUGGCCUACUUCGACUUCUGCGGCUCUGUUGAUGUCUCGGUCACUUCAAUCGAUCGGCCGAUCCAGUCCGUAGUAGUCAGGCCUCUUUCAUACGGCAUUGUUCCCGAAGUACAGGCCAACACCCUUACGUUCACACUCACUCAGCCACGCAAUCUUGUUAUUCAAAUCGAUGAUGAUAUUUUUGAUGUGCUACACCUGUUCAGCAAUACUAUCGACACGAAUGCGCCCUCACCUGAUGAUCCGAACGUCAUUUAUUACGGACCCGGCAUCCACAACGUCUCCAGUGGUACUCUUUCCAUAGCCAGCGGUCAGACUGUAUACAUUGCUGGUGGCGGGGUACUCACAUCAAGUGUCCUUUUUCAGAAUGUCACAGGCGCUACGCUUCGAGGGCGUGGUGUCCUAUAUAACACACCAACAGCCGCUGUUACUGUUGCUUACUCGAGCAAUAUUAUCGUCGAAGGUGUUACCUCUCUAAACCCGCGGGGCGCUGCCCUGGUAGCGGGGGAAGCGAAAAACUUAUCAGUCAGUCACUUGCGAUCUUUCAGUUCAGAAGGAUGGGGCGAUGGCAUCGAUUUGUUUUGCUGCCAGGAUACUGUUGUUGAUAGCGUCUUUAUGCGCAAUUCCGAUGACUGCAUAGCCAUUUAUCAGCACCGUAAUGAUUGGUAUGGAGAUUCUAGUAACAUCACUAUUAAGGACUCCAGUCUAUGGGCAGAUGUAGCUCACCCCAUAGUCAUGGGCACCCAUGGAAACACUGAUGAUCCGGAGACCAUGGACGGCAUUUUUGUUACAAAUAUCGACGUCCUAGACCAUCGCGAAUUUCAAGUGCUCUACCAAGGCGUGAUCGCGAUCAACCCAGGCGAUAACAAUUUGGUCCAGAACGUCCAAAUUGAAGACAUUAGAGUGGAGGACUUUCGGCUUGGGCGCUUGUUUGACUUGCGAGUUACGUACAAUCCCGCUUAUAACACUGCUCCUGGCCGUGGCAUUGAGAAUGUUACCAUCCGGAAUUUCAGUUACAACGGAACGCAUGCUGACCUUUCACUCAUAACCGGGUACGACGAAGAACGCCUUAUCAAAUUCGUCACGUUUGAGAAUCUAACUGUUAAUGGCAAGAGUAUUGCCGACACCAUGGAAAAGCCUGCUUGGUAUCUCACCUCUGACUACGUACCCAUAUAUCUUGGGAAGUCAGGCUUACAGGUCUCCGCAAUUUCACUCGGAGGCUGGCUGACAUACGGUGGUCAUGUCGAGAAAGACAACGCCUUUGCCUGCAUGGAAGCAGCCUACAAGUGCGGAAUAAACUUCUUCGACUGCGCCGAAGGAUACGCAGACGGAGAGUGCGAGCGCAUCGUUGGCCUCGCAAUCAAAAAGUUCGGCUGGAAGAGAAACGACAUCGUAGUGUCCACCAAGAUAUAUUUCGGCACCACAAGCGGCGCGAGUGCCGUCAACAACAUGGGCUUGAGCCGCAAACACAUCAUCGAAGGCUUGCAAGGCUCACUGGAGCGACUGGGGCUGGAUUAUGUGGAUCUGGUAUACGCACACAGACCAGAUACCAAUACACCGAUUGAGGAGACCGUACGGGCCUUCAACCACGUAAUCGUGCAGGGCAAAGCCUUUUACUGGGGGACUUCCGAAUGGAGCGCCGCUGAAAUCGCGACCGCGUGGGGAGUGGCGAGUAGACUUGGCAUGGUGGGACCGCUGAUGGAACAGCCGUGUUACAACAUGUUCAACCGGGCCAGAGUCGAGAGUGAAUACGCGCAUCUGUACGCAGAAUACGGUAUGGGGUUAACCACGUACUCGCCCCUGUCUUCCGGCAUCCUGACCGGGAAAUACAAUAACGAAAUACCUGCCGAUUCGCGCUUCGCCGACAGGGACUCGAAGGAGUCUUUUAUUGCAGCUAUGAAUCGACAGUAUGGCAACGAUGACUGGACUAGCAAACUCGACGUUGUCAGGAACCUGAACCCCGUUGCCGAGAGACUUGGGUGUACGAUGGCUAAUCUGGCGUAUGCGUGGAUCUUGAAGAAUAAGCAUAUUUCCUCUGCCAUCACCGGUGCGAGCAGACCCCAGCAGAUCUAUGAUGCUGUGAAAUGUUUUGAUACGAUCAAAUUACUCACGCCGGAGAUCAUGGAAGAGAUCGAUGGAAUUUUGGGUAAUAAGCCUGUGUCGUAG